AUGAACCUAAGUAUCCGCCAAAGCUUUGGCUACCACAAUGAUGAUUUCAAGACACGGGACGAUCAAAUUGGUGAAGAGGAUGCUCUAUCUUUCAAUGAUCUACAGAGCUCGCCUUUUCGACCCGAUGGACGGGAUGAUACAGUUGACAUGCAAAUGCUACAAAAAUACCAAACGUCCCAUGAUAUGAGUGGGCUCUCUACGACUCCGAGAAAGCGAUCCUACGACCAGGCACCUGAUGUUCAUGAUCUCGAACGUGACGAGAUCGAGAGGCAUAAGAGAUCAGUAGGCAGAAAAGACAUUCCAGACAUCAACAUCUAUGUCGACGAGGAUUCCAGAAUCAGUUAUGACCAGAGCGCACAUGAUGUCACAAAGCAAGACAUGGAGAAUAGCAAUAUGAAAGAAAAGCAACAUGAAGGCAUGAGCACAGUUCUCAACGAAGAACACGAAGAUAUCUCUUCCAGGGACCAAAACGACUUUGAUGAUGACGCAAGCGCCGUUAUGGUUGACGAUGAAACCCAUGAUCUUAUGGACGACACCUGUCUCAGUACAUUCUCGGCGGUUCCAAAUGUAGAUAUGACAGCCUUCGCAAACUUGCCGGGAGGAUCUCCGUUCAAGACCCCUCGACCUCUUCCUGAGUUUCCUGCUGAGAACAAAGAUACCAGGCGCGGGAGUAUGGAACCAGCUACUCCGGUUACAGCUAAAAGGUCUCCCAGCAAAAAUAUCCUUUUAGAUAUGAGCUCUCCUGCUGGUUUGCCCACUCCUGGAAAGAGACAGCGAGAUGACCCAACCCCAAGUGAAACACCCAACUUGCUUGAUCUCACAGAUAGCAUCGACCUUUUUCCUCGCCGCCAGCGGUAUAUCAUGCAGCAACAAGGAAGAUACUCGCCAUCGCGUCGGUCGCCUCUGAGGAACCCAAGGUCACCCGCAAAGACGAGUCUACUGGACUUCGAUAUCCCUGCGGCUCCCACACCUCGAUCUAUACCCACUGUCACCCCUCGGGAAUUGGAGUCUCUCAAAUCCGGCUUUCUCUCGGAAAUUUCUUCUUUGAAGGCUACACUUAGUGGAAAGGAAGCUGAAGUUUCUAGCCUCAAGAAAGCCGUGUCAGACGCAGAGCGUAGGGUCGGGGAGGCGUUGGAAGAAGUUCGCAUUGAAGCUGCUCGUAAAGAGACCCUAGAAAUCGAGCAGGCGGAGUGGCAGCGGAGAGGCCGGGAAAUGGAAGACGUGCUGCGAUCCGUUAGAGCCGAUAUACUUGAAGGUGAGCAGGAGCGGGAGCGCUUGCAGAAAAAAAAUGAAGAGGCAGAGAGAGGCAAGGAGCAGCUUCAACGCCGUAUAGUAGAGCUCGAAACUCAACUCAGUGCAGCCCAAAAGUCAGCGGUAUGUGAGCACACGACAUCUGAAACCGCGGCGCCAUCAAAGACGGCCGAAGAGACUGCAAAAGAAAUCCAAGAUGCAGUUGAGAAAGUUGCUCGUGACCUUCACUCGCUCUAUAAAGAAAAGCAUGAGACGAAGGUUGCGGCUCUCAAGAAAAGCUACGAAGCACGCUGGGAGAAACGAUUGCGAGAAGCCGAGAAGAAGCUCAAAGCUGCAAAUGACGAAUGCGAGCAACUCAAAGCUGAGCGAGAUGCGGCGCUGCAGGAGUCCGCACGCCCUGAUGCUAGCAUGAUAUCUCGUGAGAACGAACAACAUGAAGCAGCGAAGCACGUCUUCGAGGCGCAAAUCGCGGGUCUUCAGCAAGAGAUAACCAUUCUCAAGAGCAACAGCGAACAGCUGCGUGCCGAGCUCAAGGCAGAACGAGCGGAGAAGGGCGAUCUUGUUGCUCUUGUGGAGGAGUGGUUGUCAAUGCAGAAUCAACAGCCCGCCCCAUCUCCACAAGCCAAAAGUCAUGAGGUGACGCCGGAGCCUGUUCCCAACGAACAGCUCACCCCAACUGAAGAUGCCGAACGCGAAGUCACUCGCAGCAGCUCCAGUGGACUCCGCGGGCCGAGUUCAGGUUCCGUUUCUACUUCGAGUCAUGGUGAAAAGAAGAUUCCAAGGUUCGGCGCACCGGCGGGUCGGCAUGUACGAGGAACCAGCGGCGGCAAAUCCGGCAUUGCUGUCUUUACGCCUGGUCGAAGCGGCAUAAUGGGCUCGAUUGAGCGGAUGGGCCGUGGUGGUGCUGCCUAGAUAAGUCGGAAGUUGUGAUGAUUUUGUUAUUAUUCUCGUACUUUCACGAUGUUAUGUCCUGCUUUACGUUUUUGUGUUUUCUGUCAGUGUAUAUCGGAUCGAGCCUCGGUACAUAGGACGGUUUGUUUUGCUUGCCAGUCGAGAUAUCCCCCGAACGCUUUUCCUUGAUCCC